UAUUUAUUGGCAAUUCAUUUUCAGUGAAUUCUGAAUAAAAGUACCACAAGCAGAGUGCUCUUUCUUCCAAAAACAACUUGCUCAUUAGAGGAAGACUGUGAGGUCUCCGACAGACACAGUAAAGAACAAUGAAUGCGACAGAAGAAGCUGAAGCUCUGAAAAUGUUAUUUCUGAAUCAGCAUGCAUAUCUAAUUCCAAAGAUUAUGUUCACUGCCUCUGAUCUUGGUGUAUUUGAUCUGCUGAUGGAGUCCAAGGAACCGUUGACUUCAGUGUCUAUUGCCGAAGGUCUGGGUACCAGUCCCUUUGGGAUGGAGAGACUGCUGGAUGCCUGUGUUGGCUUAAAGUUCCUGCAAGUGGAGAGGAGGGACAACCAAACGCUUUAUGGAAACACCAACCUUGCCAAUCUCUACCUUGGCAAAAGAAGCCCAAAGACUCAGUAUUAUUCUUUGAAGUUCAAUACUGAAUUUACUUAUAUGAGAGCACAACACCUAGCUGAUGCUGUGAGGGAAGGAGAGGCUCAGACGUAUAGAAUAAAUGACAUUUCUACAAAAAAUUUCUAUGAGGCUUUUUACAGAACAGAGAGCGGCUUGCGAGAAUUCAUGGAGUUUAUGCGUGAGAUGUGGAGUCUGUGUGGUCGAGUUGUGUUGAAUGCAUUUGAUCUCUCUCAUUUCCCACUCGUUUGUGAUGUGGGAGGAUGUAGUGGUGCCCUAGCAAAUGAAUGUAUUUCAUUGUAUCCAAAUUCUACAGUGACCAUUUUCGACCUACCUGAAGUAGUGGAAACAGGAAAGAAGCAUUUUGUCUCCUCAGAGGAACACCGGAUUACUUUUCAUGGAGGUGAUUUUUUUAAAGACCCAAUUCCAGAAGCUGACCUGUAUAUUUUGGCUAGGAUCCUGCACUGCUUUACAGAUGAGAAGUGUGUGCAACUGCUAACUAGACUGCACAAAGCCUGCAAGCCUGGUGGUGGAGUUCUGUUAGUGGAAAUAGUUCUCAAUGAAGACAGAACAGGGCCAUUGGAAGCUCAUAUAUACGGUAUGCUUAUGCUGCUUCUUACUCAAGGAAAAGAACGGACCCCGUCAGAGUACAAUGCACUCCUCAGUGCCGCUGGCUUUAAGGAGAUUCAGCAAAAGAAAACAGGCCACUUUGACGCCAUUUUAGGAAGACAAUAACAUUGGCCAAGAACAUUCUGUGAGUGUCGUGACUGAACAGAUAUAUUUCUGCCCGAUUCUUUGUAGCCAUAACUGAACAUACUUAAUCGCUUUACUUUUAUUGUUGUUGCAAAUCCUCACCAUGUGGAAAUAUCUCCUCCACCCCCUUGCUUAUUAUUAUGGUUGAACUCUAAGAGAAGCUAAAAUAAUAAAAAAGAGAGGUUGUAUCCCAUAUUGCCUCGUGAUAUUUUAUUUAUUUAUUUAUAUCUUCAUAGCGCCCGGGGGAUGGUUGGCCCAGGGGGCGUGGAUGCAGGGCCGGCGCAUCCAUUAAGGCAAACUAGGCAGCUGCCUAGGGCGCCAAAAUGGCCAGCCUGCCCGCCGGCUGCCGCCCCCCGGUGCUGCCUCCACUGCGCCUCUCAGCUGUUGAGUGGCUUCCAGAGAGCGGCCUGAAGUCGCUCAACAGCUGAGAGGCGCAGUGGAGGUGGCCCCAGGCUCACGCUCCCCGCAGGAAACUCCAGAGGCACGUGGGGAGCAGGAGCCUGGGGCUGCCUCUGCUGAGUUUGGCGCCCCUUCUGCGCCCCUGAUGGCCAGGCGCCCUGGCGCCUUGCGCCACCCAGCCUGGGCCUAGGGACGGCCCUGGAGGCGCCCUCUCCGCUCGCUUGCUCAAGCCGAGCCUACCCCUCCAGCAGCUAGAGCGCCGAGAUCGGGCUCCAGAGUAAGCAGGGGAAGGCCGCGCCAGAAACAGGGAAGGCCGCUACCUGACAAGGUAAAGAGACUGCUUUUUACCCCUUCCCCUCACCAACAACCAAGAGAGUUCCUGCAAGGAACUCUCUUUUUAUUUUAUUUUUUAUAUUUAUAUUUAUAUUUUCCUACUUUUUAUUUUUCCCCUCCUCCUUUUUAUUAUUUAUUUAUUUAUUACACUUAUUUUUUCUAAAAAAGGUCAACACUCAGGUUCAACUGCAUAGCUUCUGAUCCCAGAAUGCUUGGGAAAAUUAAGAUGGAUUCUUCCUUAUGCAGUUUUGAAAUAAGUAAUCUGCAUAUUUUGGAAAGUGGUAUGUCUUUCUGUCCAUCUGUAUUCUACGGGUUCAGCUGCCUCUCGAGAUCAUUGCCAAACGUGGCACAAGGGUUACCGAACUGAGGAUGGCGGACUUAGCUGAUGUUUGGGUGUCUGGUGCCAUUUUGAAUCAAGAUGGCCAAUUGAAAAAUCACCCAUUUGUUGGCAUAGCUUCACCCACCCCUCGAGAUAUCAUCACCCAACUUGGCAUGGGGGUUCCUGAGGCGGGGCAGCGGUCUUUGAUGAUGUUUGGCCAAUGGGAGCCAUUUUGAAUCAAGAUGGCAGACUGAAACAUGACUUUGGCAUGUUCUCCCCCACCCCCACCCCGCCUCAUUGAAUCGGGUCAAGGUCAGGUUGAAGCACUGAUUUGGUAUGUGUGUGCAUGUGUCUGUGUGCAAUCCUGAAAUUAAAAAACUACACUAUCCAUUUGAAAAUCAUAAUAUUUUUUGGUUUAUUUGAAUUCCUGGACAGUGUCAGGCAUUUUCAGCUAAUGAUAUAUAUCUUUUACUAACUUGGUGAAACGUAUUUUGAAACAGGUGGUGGAGUUUUAGUAGUGGAGAUGGUCCUCAGUGAAGAUAGAAAGGGGCCAGUAAGGUGCCAACUACACUCUGUGUUGAUGCUACUCCUUACCGAAGGCCAAGAACGAACCUCAUCAGAGUACAAUGUACUGCUUAGUGC